UAUCGUGCAUCAUCUUGAUGCAUGUCUCAACGCGGGGAGCACCGGUAAUAGCGAGUUCGCAUGUCUCCGUAGUCCGAUAAUUGAUGUGACUGCUUGUCGAUAACAGCUAUUGAGUGGAAUAGUUAUUUUCUGCGGUGUUGGUGAAUGCCGAGUAUAGAUUGAAUACGUCCUGUGACAAUUGGCUACCAAGAUCACCAACAUCAACAUCCAUUAUGGCCCUACCUCAACCUCAAGAUCUUCGUGUAGCAGAUGAAGCCGAGCAGAUCAAGACUUUGGAUCUGCUAUUCGAGCCCAGUACAGCAAUCCAUUCCACUCUCCUCCCCAUUGUGCGAGACGCAGAGUAUACAUCGUACCCGGAGUUAAUUGAGGCCUGCAGGACUCGCCUCGCGUCACUCGCCUCCUCGAACUCGUCAGCCAACCCAGAUAAGACUCUUCUGUCAAUUCUCGGGUCACAUCCCCGUUUAGGAGCCAAGAAGGUUGACUCAGCACAGUCAUCUGCAGAGCAGGCCAACCUGCAAGGCCAAGGCGAAGAAUUGGCGAAGCUGAACAAGGAGUAUGAGGAAAAGUUCCCCGGAUUACGAUAUGUCGUUUUUGUGAACGGACGGGGAAGACCUGAGAUCAUGGAGAACAUGAAGGCUAGAAUUUCUCGAGGCGACUUUUCGAAAGAGGUUGACGAAGCGUUACAGGCAAUGUGCGAUAUUGCAAACGACCGAGCUUCCAAGCUUGGUGUGAAGCCAUAAACAUAAUCACUAUCAAUAACAAUCUGUUACCUGUUGCUUGAGCUGUGGUGUAUCUAAGCCUUCCCAUCUGGCCGAAUAAUAAUACAAGCCAGUAUAGCCUAUUUUUGUUCCAGUCCUUGCGGGCCGGAUAAUGAUUCAAUAUCGCCGUAUUGAACAUGAAUAAGAACAUAUUGCCACCCAAUGCUAG